AUGUUCAAGCUCACCUCUAUCUGCGCCAGCGUGGCGCUUCUUGCUACAACCGUCGUAGCGGCAGAAGAUGACAUCGCCUUCUCGGCGUGCGGGUUAAUUGGUUCAUAUUAUCCCCCUCCACACAUUCUGAAGUCGUCCAAGACUGCCUCAAGUAUCAACACCACAUUCACCCAAGUAUUUGACAAGUUGAUCCAAGACGGAGGGAGUGAGAAGUAUGGUAACAUCACAACCAACAGCACAUCCUUUUCAGUGGUGAUUUUCAGUGGAUCCGCAGAUCUUCGUGGUGAUCCCACAUUGUUUGAGUACCACUACACUUCACCAAUGGACCUGCAGGAGACUGGGACCAGUCUUACUUCCGACACUGCAUUUCCAGUGGGCGACUUGACCAUGGUGUUCACCGUUUAUGCAUGGCUUGUAAAGAUGGGCGAGACUUGGGACACCCCUAUCACCAAAUUUCUCCCUGAACUGAAGACGCUCAAUUCGUCUUCUAUUGCCUCAUGGAACGACAUUACCAUCGGAUCUCUGGCUGGCCAAGUCUCAGGAUUGGUUCGAACAUACUUUGUGCUUGGACUGAGCAAAGAGCCAUUUUUGUUUCGCUCUGACACAACCCCAAUCGUAUCAUACACCGCUUACCAACUUCUUGCAUUUGCUAUGGAGAAGGGAUCUCAAGGCCAUAGCUUUUCGAAUGUCUUGAAAGAAGCCGUCUUUGAGCCUCUCGGCAUGAGAUCCAGCGGUUUUCUCGGCGACAAGUCUAACAACCAAAGCAUCUUCGCCAUCGGAGGGCUUAACAUGUCGCAGACAGGUGAACCUGGGGCCAUUUCUCUCGUCAGCUCCAUCUCUGAUCUUGUCCGUGGCGGCCACGCCAUGUUGGACUCAACUCUCCUCGACAAGGCAGUAACCCGACGCUGGCUGCACGGUGCAUAUGCGACCUCAAACCUUCGAAACGGCGUCGGCCGCCCGUGGGAAGUCUAUCACUCUGGCUCCACAGCCAUAUCUCCCGUUCUCGAUGCUCUGACAAAGAGCGGCACCAUCGGGAAAUACGCCAGCUAUUUCGGUCUUGUUCCAGAGCUUGAGGCUGGGUUUGCUAUCCUAGCGCACGACAGCACCGUUGCGGAUCGCAAGCUUGACCUCAACGUGCAUGCUGAUAUCGUCAGUGAAGCCUUGGGAUAUUUCAUGAAGGCGGCUGCCCAAGAGACUGUUGCGCGGUACGGUGGCUCAUACGGAGCAAAUGAUGGCAAUGGGGUAUUUGGACUUUUCAACAUCACAAGCAACGGAUAUGGGCUGGAGGUUCAAGCGCUUCGAGAUCAGAAUGGCGUGGAUCUCAGAAAGGAGUACGCGAACAUUCUGGAUAUUGAAGAGGCAGACUUGGACUUCCGGCUGUACCCUACUAAUGUGCAAGACAAGUCUCGACACCAGUUUGUGGCUGUGUACCAGGACAAGAGUGCGCCCAUUGAUAUGGGUACGCCGACAUGCAUUACUUGGCAAGAGGUCGGUGCGGUAUCUGGUAUUGCAAACCGGUUCUGGUUUGAAUUCGGUGAGAGCGGCACUGCCGCUCGAGUUAGGAUUGAUCAGGGAGACGUCGUGUUGGAAAGAAGCGAAUAA